UCAUACGAAUUAUCUGAAAGAAUUGACGUGGUCAUUGUAUUGAUUUUAUUAUAUUUAUCAUUAUGGUUAGGCCUAUUAUUUUUUAAAUUAUCAUUAUAACAUACUAUUAUUACAAUUAUCAUGUCUGAUGAUACUGUACAAUAUUUUCUAAAUUUAUUAUGUAUUCAAACGAAUGAUUUGUAGAGGCAUACAGAAGUAGAAGUGGAAUAAUUCAAAAUCACAUGACGAGGACAGCCAAUCAUGCAGCUUGUGGAUAUUAGAUAUUUUGUUCUUGCUAUUUGUUCGAAUUGUAAAGUUUGUGUAUGUUUGGUUUUGACUUCUUAUUCCGUUGUAAUUAAAUAAAGCUGUUAUGUACUACGGUACUAUUCACAGGUAUCUCACUAAUCAUAACUGAUAUAAAACGUUACGAAGCACCGAUGGAUUCUUCAUCAUCAUCCAACGAUAAGUUCAUGGAUAUACCUCCAUGGUCCAAAAUGGCGAGACGCCAUUAAUGUACGCUGUGAGCAACGCACCAGAUGAUGUAUUGGAGAAUAUGAUUGAAACGGCGACUGUUGAGAAUUUUGAACAAAAGACGCAUUUUGGUGGUUCCACUAUACUCCAUGAAUUGGUGUUCUACGCACGCGUGUCAGCUAUGAGACGCGUGUUAGAAAAAACCAACAGGAACAUUAACACACAAGACAUCUGGGGACGCACACCACUACAUGUCAGUCUACGUGGUCAUUGGGGGCUGACGCAUAGUUACGAGCAACACAAGGACAUGGCAAUUCGCCUGAUCACUUUCGGCGCUUCAGCCACAGUAAAAGAUGGGGAUAGAAAGACGCCUCUUGAUUUGUAUGAUGAUAACGAAUGUGAAGAAUACGAAGAAACCACGAGAAGCGAGAAAAAGAAGGAAUUAAGAGAUUUACUUGAAGAACUAUCAAUACCGUCAGAGAUUUUAGCCAGGGGUCCCGAUGCCGUUAAAGCAUUCAAAGAUGCACUUGAAAACGGUGAAAUAACAGUUGUUAAUUCAAGACUGAUGUUCCUAGGUAACGAGGGUUCUGGAAAAACAUCUUGUGUCAAAGCCAUGCUUGGGAAAGAAUUUAAUGAGAACGAGCCGUCAACUAAUGGUAUUGUUACAACAACGGUCUUUCAAACGGUUGGUAAAGAUUACAACAAAUGGGAGGAGCAGAAGAAUGUGGACAGUAAGAGUUAUAGUAAUAUAUGCCUAUAAGGCCUACGAUGUAAUAAUUCAUUAUUCGCCCUCAUUAAAUUUAGAAAUAAAAUAUUUAUUUGGUUUGGGCGCCUUGGUACCUGUAGCAAGGAGCCCUACCUGGAUUUCAAUCAUGGAUUUCCUGUUAAUGGAGAAUAAUUAACCACCUAAACCACGGCCCCUUUAAAUAAUUUUAUUACAGUAUCAGGUAAGUUUAUUAAUCUCCAUAGGGGAGUUGUUUAUAUGGGUUUUUACCCGCUCCGCAACCCUUGCUUCCUUUGUUUUCUUUGUUGCAUUUACUUGAUUGUUGUGUACGCAUGCCCGUAUUCAGGGGGGUUUUAUGGUUCGGGAGAACCCCCCUUUUCUGGUGAAACCCCCUCUUCAAAUUUCCCAAAAAAGUCCUCCAACCCAACUAAUGCACUGCAGACCCACCCAGACACAGA